AGCAUUAAAACAAUUGCAGAAAUGACGCUUUCAGUCCCUGGAGGUUGCUCUGCUUAGACCGUUAGGCUCCUUAUCCCAUCAGCACGUCUGACGGGACAGGAUAACUGCUUAAGGUACGAUAAUCCCAAAACUCUCAGUCACAUGUUGUCUGACACUGCGAUAGUGUAGAGGUCUGAGCAGUAGACAGCAGGCAGCAUAGAAGCCACUCUGUUCUUCCUGCCUUGCAAGAAGAGCUCCAUGAUUUCGUCUGAUGUAAGAAAUGAGGCAGCAGUGAUGAGCUACCUGGAUGAAGUUCCUUUCCGGAUGGCCAGGAGCCUUGACGGGGACUCAGGGGGAGAAAACCCUUUAAUCACUGCCCCGGACAUCGAGCUCCCUGACUGCGCUGACAUCCUCAUGAGCACCAUGCACGACUUCUCACUGGAAAGAAAAGUGCUUUACUGGGUCGAGGUGGCCUCUCAGCAGCAUACCCCCCGACAUCGGGUCACCUCCGAAGUUGUCCCCACGGCUCCGCCAUGCUGGCUGCUGCUGGUGGACCCUGCUGACAGCUACGGGGGGAGACCACGGGACGGGGCAGUGCGGCGCUGCAUCAGCAUGAGCGCUGCCAACGGCAGCUACGGGCACACCAAGGGCAGAGGUGCCUUGUCCGACACUGAGAGUGAGAUCCAGCACUCGGAGGAGGAUGAGUACGAGGAGGACGACGAGUACUCCUCGACCUCCUGGGAAGAGAAUGACAAGGAUGAAAAGGUUUCCAGGAGGAGAAACACUGGGAGAGGUUUGACUCUGCAUCCCGACUUUUACCAGGCCCGGCCAAAGACAUCGCCUGGCUUGCUGGAGCCCUUGCCAGAUAAUAGUGGCUGCAACCUUGCCAGCCCAGACCUGAGCAAGCAGAGAAGAUCCAUGGUGAUAUUUAACAACAUGAAGAAUGAGCUGGAAGCGGCCAGAAGGAAGCUGGCUGCUUUGGUGCAUCCUUUGAAUAGAGCUGCUGUGAUGAGGAGAGGGGUCCCCGUGCCGCGGCUGCUCCCCCCGCGCCACCGCACCAGCCGUAGUGUCAAGUACGGGCCAGCCCCGGACGUGUCCCACCUGGGGACCUUGGUGCCAGCUCCUCCGGCCACAGCCGCACCGAUCCCCCCGAUCAAACGGCAUAAGCCCACAGUGCCGUCCCUCAGCCCCUACGCCUGCCUCCCCCCUGCCUCCACGCCUGCGCAACCUCUCGGCUCCCACAGAUCCCAGUCGGAUUCAGCAGCUGACCUGCUCUCAGCGCUGAGCCAAGAGGAGCGAGACCUCAUCGAGCCUGUUAUAGCCUUGGGCUACCCCCCCCACAAAGCCAUCCUCACCCUCCAGAAGACUGGAAGGCAAAGCCUAAGUCAGUUCCUGAGCUACCUGGGUGCCUGUGACCGGCUGCUGAAGCAGGGCUAUGAGGAAGGCCAGGUGGAGGAGGCCAUGGAAAUGUUCCAGUACUCGGAGAAGAAGGCAGCUGAAUUCUUGCAUUUGUUAGCCCAGUUUAACGAUAUGGGUUUCCAGCAAAAUGAAAUCAAAGAAGUUCUUUUGCUUUGUGGGAAUCAGAGGGAGAAGGCGCUGGAAGAGCUCGUGAUGAAGACCCAGUGACCAGGUUCUGGACCUCAGUCACAGCUUCCCCUCUCCAGACCAGACCUCCGAAGGACUUGGUUGGGUCGGUGGGCGCUUAUCCUUCUGCUGCUCCAUCCCCUCCCCGAGCAGCACGGCUCAGCGGGCACAAACCUUCGAAGCACUGGCUUGGUGUCUCAUCAUUUUGCGGACAUCCAUCAUAAGCAUGUUAUCACUGCACUAAGGCAAAGGCUUUAUAGCAGGAGUGUUUAUCUCUUCACCCACACAUCUCCACCCUUGGUCAUCUCAGCUGUUUAGAUUAGAUGCAAUAAGAUCCAAACCGCCUUUGGCUUAGAUUUUGCAAAACCCAAACCACACUUUGCUCCCUCCACCUGGGGUGAUGGAUGUUGUGUUUUCAACUACAAUCAGAUGUGGAUUCUUAAAAGAUUUUAUAAAUCAACAGAAGAGAUUGUUUUCAUAAAAACUGAAAGCUCCUGCAGAAACAUUUGUCAGUCCUUGCUUGGGAAGAGUCUCAUGACUUAGUCAUGGUUGAAUAUUGUAAUUGAAAUCCAGUCCGAUCACAUUAACUUCUUUUAAACCAGAAACUUGAGAAAAAUACACAAUUCAGUGAGGGUAAGGGUAGAAAACAGGCUGCCCUUGCUUUAGAAAUAUGUGAAGUUUAUCCAGUGCAAUGAAAAGUGGCUUAUGCAAGGGUUUGUGCUUGGGCAAUUUUAUGAAAUCAGAACAGAGAGAUGGGGAAUGGCUCGGCUGCCCUUGUGCUCUGCCCAAAUCAGGAAAAUUCAGGGGAUGGUUCCCUAAACUGUGGAGACAGUGGCUCCAAAUGAAGUUAAGCAUGAAUGUCAAGAGUCAGGAAGAUCUGGAUGCCCGGGGUAAUUUUUGUAUAUAACUGAAGGACAGAGAUUCAGAUCACCUUACGGGACACGUCUUGUGGCUUGGCAGUGGAACAGCGGACAGUGUUUUCAUGUAAAAAAUAUAUUGGUUUCUUGUGAAUUAGAUACAGAUGUAAUUUCUUUGAGUAAAGAUGGUUGGAGGGGUUCUUCUGAAA